AGACAACAAUGCAGCGUCACAGGUUGAUAUAUUCUACGCUCUCCGAGGAACUCUCUCAGGGCCUACACGCGCUUUCCCUGAAAACAAAGACACCGGAGGAGGUGCAAUCACAAGGCGCUGCAUGAACAGCGUGAAACCCAUUAUGGCGUCGCAAGCUGCUCCGAAUGCUACUUGGGCUCACAUACGUCGUAGUAUGCCUUGCGCUAUGCGAUCUUCGGCCGUGACCGACCCAAUAUCAUGGAGGCAGUCUUAUCGUGUGGUUCAUUAUACCCAUAAGCUCUCUGCUCGGGGAAAGGCACGAGGAGAUCCUAUGAUUUCAUCAAGGAUUCGCCUCUUCCUCGAUUUCUCUCGGCAUUGCGAUGCACUUCAAUAAUGAUCAGACGGGGUACCUCAAGGACGGGUUCGCGGCUGAUCGGCGGGGUCGUUGUGCCGUUGUUCCGCUACCGGACUGCUUCUGGCACGCUUCCACGAUCAGGUCGGUGUAGC